AUGGAAUCAAUAGUUAAAGAUUGUAUAUCGAAUAUAACAGGUAUUUGUAGAAUAUGUAAUCAAAAGAUAAUAUUAUCAUCUGAUGAUGUUAAUGAUGGAAGUGGUGUAACAUCAUCACAUCAACAGACAAUGAUCAAUCAUUAUUUAGAUUGUAUCGAUUCAUUUAAAUCGGUAUUGUUAAAUAUCAAUUAUAAUAGUAAACUUGUCGAUCAUGAUCAUCAAGAUAGUAAUAUUAGUAGUAGUUCAAGAAAGAGAAAGAAGAUUGAAAAUGUAUCGCCAUCAGACCCGACAACUAUUACAUCUUCAUCAUCAAAUCAUUAUUUUAAAGAUUCAUUAUUUAGAGUAUCAAUGAUAUCAAUAUUACUACACGAACAUUUUAAUCAAAGUGUAAUGAGUCUAUUGAUGACUUGUAAAGAUGCUAUGAAAUGGAAGGAUACUGUUGUAUUCCCAAGCCUACCUUCUAUUGAUGCGAUAGAAUUGUACAAGAAUAAUGGAAGAAUCAAUCAACUACCUCGACGAUACAAUGGAGUAUAUAUUAUGAAUUUUAGAGAUAGAGAGUAUUUCAAAGAGAAUGUCGAUGGUUUAAUCAAUCAUCAUUGUAGAGAACUAAACUAUCUAAUUGAUGAACCGAUACCAGCUGGAUUUAUACCAGAUCACUUUACAAAGAUUAGAGUGUGUGGAGAGAUAGAAGUUGGAUCAAUACCACCAUUCACAACUCACCUCUCUCUUGGGUUAGACAAGAACCAACAAGAGAUUUAUAAAGAACUCUUUCCAAAUACAUUAGAGGCACUCAAUAUCAUAAAUGAAGUGAUUUGUAAACACUCAAACCUCGAUGAUCUCUUACCACACAAUAUAAGUGCGCUUGAAAUAACAUACAGUUUGGUGCAACCCUAUCUCUUUAAACUCAAGAAACUAAAUAGUCUCGCCAUUCGAAACUUUGGACACAAAGACCAUGACAAUGAAAAGAUAGAAAUUCGCGCUGGAACUAUACCAAAUACAAUCGAACAUUUAAAUCUUCGUAAUUGGACUUUUGAGAACGGAUCGAUCCCAUCGAGUCUGGAUAAUAUUUCCAAACUAUCCCUGACUCAUUGUGAAUUGAAACUCGAUGCAAGUCAAUCCCCAAAGAAUAUAGAGUAUUUUGGCUUUUUUUCCAACUAUAUCCGUACAUCUAUUCCACCUUCAACAAAAUAUUUGGAUUAUGGUAUAUUUCAUGAUAAACCCAAAGCCAAUGAUAUUCCAAAUGGAGUUACUCAUAUUAGAUUUGAUAUUGAUCAAGCAUUAGUUCCAAGAUUUAUUCCAGACAGUUGCGAGUAUUUGGAAUUUCCAUACCACUAUAACAAAGCACCACUUUGGAAGGCUAUACCAAAACAUUUGAAAGCUGUCUCUUGUAAUCCUUGUUGUCAGAAUAUCAGCCAAAAUAUUCCGCCAUCCAUCAAACAAACAUGCGCAAAUAUGCCUCAUCAAGCAAGUAUUUGGGCUGACGACUUUAUAUUCAAGGAAGAAGACUGGUAUCUAGAAAUAUAA